CACAAAAGUACAUCAACAAGAAUGGAGAUUUCUCAUUGGAUGUUUGCGUCAAAACAUCAACCAUAACUCGUGGGCUAGCCUACUCGCUAGCUACAGGGAACUGGGGAGACCAGAAAAAAGCGCAUCAGUCAAGAGCUGGUGUUGAAUCGCUUGACCUACACUGCUACACUUUCUCAUUUACGACGAGCAAAUUCGCCUAUUGGACGAGAAGGAAAGCUGGCAAAGCCUCGUCAACUGCACAACACACAGUGGGGCAUGGUAUGCAAUUAGAUGGAGAGAAAUCCAUCCUGCUGCUAAACACCACUUUGCUUGAGGUGUGUCCUGCUGAAACUCCAGAAGGACAAGCUGUGGGUCUAGUGAAGAAUUUGGCGUUGAUGGCGUACAUUUCUGUCGGUUCACUCCCGGAACCAAUCUUAGAGUUCUUGGAAGAAUGGUCUAUGGAAAAUCUCGAAGGUGUGCAUCUUAUCUACACGUGUUGUUACUCAACUCUAAGCGUGAUUGCAGAGGUUGCACCGUCUUCUAUUGCCGACGCCACAAAGAUCUUCGUAAAUGGAGCUUGGGUAGGCAUUCAUAGAGAUCCCGAACAUCUCAUGACUACGCUGAAGAAGCUUCGCAGGCAAAUGGACAUCAUUGUGUCCGAGGUAUCCAUGGUUCGAGAUAUCCGUGAUCGAGAGAUUCGAAUCUAUACCGACGCAGGUCGCGUAUGUCGACCUCUUCUUAUUGUUGAGAAGCAGAAGCUCGCACUGAAAAAGCGGCAUAUUGAUAAGCUCAAGGUUUGCACUCAUUACUUCUUUUUACGAGGUGCUAUUCGCCUACAAAGUAGCACUUUCCAGGAGCGCGAAUCUGGUAGUAAUUACAGUUGGUCAGACCUUGUCGGUGGAGGAGUGGUGGAGCUAAUUGACGCUAUGGAAGAAGAAACCGUCAUGUUGGCCAUGAUGCCAGAGGAUCUGAAAGCAGGCGGCUACUGCGACACUUAUACCCACUGCGAGAUUCAUCCAGCAAUGAUACUUGGAGUUUGCGCAUCAAUUAUUCCAUUCCCGGAUCACAAUCAAAGUCCAAGAAAUACAUACCAAGUCAGUAUCAGGCAUCAUUUCUUGGUUCAUAACCCAAAAUUUACGCACAAAGCGCUUUCUUUUCAGAGUGCUAUGGGUAAGCAAGCUAUGGGUGUGUACACUACGAAUUUCCACGUUCGGAUGGAUACGCUCGCUCAUGUCCUGUAUUAUCCGCAAAAGCCCCUCGUUACAACGAGAUCUAUGGAAUAUCUGAGGUGAGG